AUGCCUCGCCUUGGAGCAACCAGAGCUUGUCCCUCUCUUUUUGUCACAGGCGCUGCCCCCGCGAGUGGGGCACGGUUGUUUUUGGCGCAAUGGCCUGGGUUGACAUAUUAUUCUAUGAAGAUGAUGGUGGGGUGGGUGCCGGGGUGGUGGUAUCAAUGGCAGGCUUCGUUGCUUGGGUUGAGGUUGGGUAGUGAGUUGAUAGAGGAGAUGAAGGGGAAUAUUACUUGGGAGGUGGUGCGGGAUAUGUUUCCGUGGAUUUUGACGUUCGGUUUGGAUGAUGUGAGGAGGUUGAAGGUGAGGACUUUGCAUGUUGCUGGGGGGAAGGGGGAUGAUGUGGGGAUGAUGGUUAGGACGGCGGAGGCGUUGAGGGGGAGAAGGAUGGAGGGGGGUGAGGAUGGGUCGGGGGGGGUUGUGUUGAGGGAGGGGGUGCAUGGGUGGGAUAUGCAGUUUCCGGAGUUGUUUGCGGGUGGGGUGAGGGCUUGGGUUGUGACAAGGGGAGUAUCUCGGCUUGGAACAGGUAGUUCAACUCAGUAUAAUAAUCUGUUAUGGCCUCAAGGUCCUUGCCCCUUGCCAUUUGGGUAG